AUGAUUGUCCCUGUUAGAUGCUUUUCGUGCGGUAAAGUGGUCGGCGACAAGUGGGAGGCGUACCUGAACAUGCUGCAGGAGGAGGAGCUCGACGAGGGGACCGCGCUGUCGAGGCUCGGGCUGACGAGGUACUGCUGCAGGAGAAUGAUUCUCACGCACGUGGACCUGAUCGAGAAGUUCCUGAGAUACAACCCGCUGGAGAAGAGGGACUGA